UUUUAAUCGACAUUCUUAACAAGUGACAACGUCGAGAAUAAAAGAUAUUCGUGGGGAAGAUAAUUUUAUACUGACAGAUGAACAUUUUCCUCAUAACUUUUUUCAUGUUUUUUUGCUUUAUUUCUAUAGAUCGAAAAAUUACAAGCUUCGUGGGGGGUUAUUGCAUAAAUGACACAUCGCGCAUGCGCAAGAUUCCACUCAAUUGCCUUGUUGUUGGUUAUUCUGUCAUUUUAAAUUACUUUGUGGUACCGAUAACAGCGGAGCUUCAUCAUCUCGUUAAUUACAGCUUCCCAAGAAACCUACAGAUUGAGAAAACUACGCACUACGCUAGAAAUAAUAUUAACGUAAUCGCUUUACAUGCACAUGAAAAGGAAGAGAUGAACAAAAUUUCUUACAAGAAGAAAUCAGUGACGUCGCUAAAUUAAAAGUAAUAGAACCCUCACGAGUAUAUCUCCGAAAAAAUUUACUCAUAGUCACUCAAUGCUGUUUUACUUAUUAAUUGGAACCAAUCAAUCAUUCGUAUCGAUUCGGAUUUUUCGUCCUCGAUAUAAUUGAAUGAUCGGAGGAACUUAAAAAUUCACUUACUACUUAAGAAGUUCUGCGAUGGCUCCAAAACACUCGUCCGCGAUUUAGGUCGAAAUUGAGGAUGGAUGAUUCGUAGCUGGUUGAAAAUGAGGUAGGUCGACAUCGACGUUGGUCGAAAUCCUCUUCAGUGAUGCACUGAUUCUAAUUCGCGAUAGAUAUUUAUUAACGAACGGUCACUGAAUUUACUUAACGAAACUCUACUAUAUUUUAUAAGUACAGUCUGUGCGACUGUUCAA